AUUUUUAACAAAUUUUUAUAGUACAUAAUUAUCGUGUUUUAUUCUUAGACAAUACUACAAUACAAAUCGUACAUUAUUUCCAUCCUGAAUUGGUCGCCAUUUAUUAGUUCGAUGAGAUGCCAAUCAAGAAUUUGUAAAUAUUUCAGAACGUUUAAAACUCAGAAUUGUAUGUAUGAAGAUCAAGAGAUGGAGAGUCAGGGUUAAGCUAGGUGCAAUGUAUAUCAUAGGACAUUAUCAAUGUAGAAAUACACUUGUGUAAAUGAUGAGGCUUAUCAGUAUCAGUUAUUUGUCACAAAUUCCCUCUAAGUUUUAAAACCACAGCUCAUUCUUACAAUUCACAAUGAUGCACAUGUGGUAUUGGUUUGGAUAUUUGAAUGAGUUUCUUUUCAAAGAAUUUAAUGUAACAACGACAUGGGGUGUUUUAUCCAUAUGUCUAGGACUCACUGCAUUGGCAAUAGUUUACGAGGCAAUGAAAAUUCUACAGGUCUUCUUGAGAAAACAAACUAUUGCUUCUCUACCACAUGAGCUUUCUAUGCAGGAUGAGAAGUCAUCACUUUUGAGUAAAAUCUCAUCGAGAUAUUUAGGACGAUCGACAAGAUUAUAUUGUUCCAGUUACUUGUUGUGGCUCCUUGAAGUGUUUCACUUUACUAUACAUACUACACUUGGUUACUUUCUUAUGUUAGCUGUUAUGACAUACAAUGUGUAUGUCAAUAUUGCUCUCGUUAUGGGAGCAGGUAUUGGAUACUUUAUAUUAGGACCAACUCUCGUAGAAUUAAAUAUGGCUCAAUACAAUAAUAAACGGAAGGAUAUAAAAUGUAAUUUAGAGUGUUCAGAUGCAAUUUUGGAUCCAAAUAGGCGUCAAUCAACAGUGUCCAUUAUUGCAGAACAACUAGUCACUGAAGCCAAUAUUGAUGUUGAUGUUCAAGGAAUGCGUGUUGGAUAAGCAAGAACAAACAAAAUUUAACAGAAGUCUGAUUUUUACGAUAUUAUAUAUACAUAUACAUAUAUAUGUAAAGACAUAUGUACAGUGUUUGUUAUACAAGCACAUAAUAUGAAGUGCAAAACUGUAUAUAUAAUUUGAUCUUUUUAGAAUAGGAAAAUGGUAUACAAGUUUUUUUUCUCAAUACCAUAUUCAGUACUAAUAUAAUUGGAAAUACUGUAUCAUUUUAAAAUUCACUUUGAAGACUUCUUGAGCAUAUUUUUAUAAACUUUUGAUGACAAAACACAUUGCCUAAAUAACUUGCUUAAGAUAAUUGCCUAAACAAGUAUAUGUCGAGAUCUACAUAAUGUAUUUUGACCGAAGGAAACUCAUAAAACCUGUAAAAAUGUAACCAAAACCAUAUAUCCAAUGGUAACCUUCACUAAUAAUAUUGUUACGUAGAACAUGCUCGAAAACUCACUACAGUUAUUGCAAGUAUCAAUGUUUCUCUGUUUAUCUGGCUAUAUGUAAAGAAAGCAUAGCCAUUCUUGCAGGACUGGAAGUGAGUUCUGAAUUGUACCAAUAAUCAUGUAACAAAUGAAAAAACAAGAUAUUUCAAACAGUAAA